GGAUAUAAUGCCACGCGACGGGCGAUAAGAUAAAACCUUAACACCAGAAUGAGUCAAAAUGAUUAACUGACAGAUUUGUAAAACCCCGAGAUAACUCUGAGAUACCCCUCUCUAUAUAUCUUCUGAUAACUACAUUGGUGUGCGCUUCCCUAGAUAUCGAGUUUCAACCGCAUAACCCCUAAAAAUCCCACCAUGACCACAACAACCACCACCACCAUCACAUCCACCGCAGAAGAGCCAUGCACGCUCAUCCCGAUCAACCUCCACGACUCGGCGGAGUUCGCCGAACUGAAGCAACAGCGCAAAAAAUGCGGCUGGGACUAUGAAGACGCCAACCUCAUCGCCUGGCGCGACAAACAAGACGCGAACCUCAAAUCCUUCUUCUGGAUCACCGUCCCUUCACACUCCACCGAGCCUGAUGCGCCUCGCAUCCGCGCCGGCCACAUCUCUCUCGACUCCUACGCCAGUCCCCCCGACCCCGAGCUCGCGACGGCCGAUCGCUCCACCCUCACCAUCCAGACCUUCUUCAUCGACCCGACACACCGCGGUGGCCUCGGGCGCAAAGCCAUGGAUAUAGUCGAGGCGAUGGCGAGCCAGGAACCGUAUGGCAGCCCGGACUGUAAAUACCUCACGCUGAAUGGGCUCAGCAAGCGGUAUUUCUACGAGGAGAGUCAUUUCUGGAACAAGCUGGACCGAGUCCGGCCUGCCGUUUGUACGGUGGAGUGGUAUGAGAGACGGGGUUAUGUGCACUGGAAGUCGGAGCCGAGGUAUCACGAGCCCCUGCUGGACGGGGAGGAUGCAAUCAUCUGGGCGGACUUUUUGAGAAAGCCCUUGCGGGGAUAGACGUGGUUAAUGUGGUACACUUCGUCAGCUGGUGACGUCGGAGUGUGGUGAGGGGUUUGUCGAUACUUUUCGAAGGGGGGGCUCUGUACAUAUGGAGCGUGGUGUGUUGUACUCUUGUUUUUUUCUAUGUAUAUACACUUAUGGCAUAUGCUGUGGUAGAUCUAAUGAGCAACGCGUACAUGAAUCACCUACAACCCUGACCGGGACUGACCGGGACUGACAGUGUGUCUGAGAGUAUUACCCGGGAGAGUAAGCGAUGGCGCA